GAGAGAUACGGGAGAGAUACGGGAGCUCACUGACAAGACGCACAGAGAGGGGAGAAAGACUAGCUCCCGGGCUCAGUUACACACUCCAGUAACUUCAAACCAGCUCCGACAAAGAGAGAGAAGAGGAGAAGUCCAGUCUGGAUUCUGUCACUUUUUUUGGUUGGCCUGCCUUGCAUGGAUUUCUUGGGACAUUUUAUGAGAAGCAGCAUUAAUCUUUUUUUUUUUUUACUUCCAGAUUUUAUUUAUUAAUUUUGUACUGAGCAGUUUGUCAUCUUUAAUCCAGACCUCCUCCACCUCCCUGCACUGGAGGGGAUCAAUGGUUUGGGACAUGUGUGCGGAGCAGGUUUCAGCAGUGUAUAUGAAUGGGUUGUGUUUGUGUCUUUAGAUAUCAGAGUGUAGGUGUACUUUCAAACUUUAAAAAAGGGAUUUUAAGUGAGUGAGUGUGUGUGAGUAACCAGGAGCAGAGAGCAACAGUCAUUGGAGGAGAAGGAGGAGUGUGGUGAGAGGUCUUUGAGGCGAACCCCAAGUUGUUCCCGUGGCGAGGUGAUCUGAGUUAUGGAUGUUGACGCAUUCCUGCGUCGCUUCUGAGGAAUAAACAGCAACGGAGACUACAGCAGAGCCAGCCACAAAGCUGAAGGCUGCAUCACCAUCUCCAAUAAUUUUACCGAUAAAGCCACAUCACGUCUACCGCAGUCAUUCUACCGGUUUUUAAACCUACAGUCCCAGUGAGGUUGGGGGUCCCGGGGCAGAGGAGGUGUAGGCGGUCGGUCAGGGGGAGUUUCUCCCACUCUCGCUCCCUUUCCCUGCACCCAGCUCAGCAUGCCCCAGCCCCUGAGCACCUCCACAGCUCUCCCAGCUCCACUACCAUGUGUAGAUGGACAGUGACACAAGGUGCACCGCACGCCUGGUCCUCCACCUGCUACAGACCCCCCUCUCUCAUCCUCUCCUUCACCUUCCUCCUCCUGCUUCUCCUGCUCGGAACCUCUUCCUCCGCACCCCUGUCCGCUUCAUCACCAGACUCUGAGAAGCACCACAAUGCAGCGAGAGGGGCUCCUCCUCACAUCUUCAUCUCACAUGCGCCACCUUCCUCGUCACCCUCACCGCUGCACGCAUCCUCUGCGAGGUUGCCCCGGGCGACCAAUGUGUCAUCGUCCUCCGCGACAGUCAUCGGGCGCCACGUGCGGAGCAGCUACAACCAUCUUCAAGGGGACGUGCGCAGAAGGAAACUGUUCUCCUUCCAGAAAUUCUUCCUCCGCAUUGAUAGAAAAGGAAAAGUUAGUGGCACCAAAAGUGAGGACGACCCAUACAGUAUGCUGGAGAUCAAGUCAGUGGAUGUGGGAGUCGUGGCCAUCAGGGGCCUCAGCAGCAACUACUACCUGGCAAUCAGCAAGAAGGGAGAGCUAUACGGAGCG